AUGCCACAAAUGGAGUUCUCAUUGAUGAAUAUUCUCUGCUAUAUCAACACUGUCAAAGCUCUGCUUGCCAGUGGCUCUCUUAAAAACAAAGAUGUUAUUGAUCAGUUCACAAAGUUGUUAGCUGAUAAAGGGAUUGAUUUUGAUCCUGAAUUUUAUAUGCUUGAAAUAAGAGCAGGCAAAAUUACAUCAAUACAGAAUGCAGAAGGAUUGGACAAACUGUAUUGUGAAAAUGUAAGGGCGGACAAAGACUAUUUCAUAUGCUCUGGACUGAGGAAUGUCUAUGAGAAGGAAGAACUAUUGAACAACACCUACCUCUUUGUUUUAAAUAUUAAAAAAGCCAAGUUCAGGGAUCUGGAAAGUGAAGGUAUGAUAUGUUGUGCUGAGGGUGACAGGAUUGAGGCUUUGAGGGUUGACGUAGAAGAAGGUAGCAAAAUUGAGUUAGAAGAUCACCUAACAAUUUUUGAUAAUAUUGAGUAUGGCAAGGUGGACUUGAGCAAGAAUGCAUUUAGAAAUGUUCUUUCUAAGUUUAUGAUAGUUGAUCAUUGCCUGGUAUUUAAAAAUACCAAAGUCAAGGUUGGGGGAAAGCACAUUUUAACCAAAACAGCCGAGGGCAUUGUUCGUUAG